AUGAUCACGAUCUACGGGCUGAAAAACUGUGACAGCUGCCGCAAGGCCAGGGCCUGGCUGGAGGCCGGUGACCACGAGGUGAACCUGCACGAUCUGCGCGACGACGGCGUCGCGGCUGCCGAUCUCGAGGACUGGCUCGCCCGGCUCGGCUGGGAACGCCUGCUGAACCGGCGCAGCACGACGUGGCGGGGCCUGCCGCCGGCGGAGAAGGAGGGGCUGGAUGCCGUGGCCGCCAAGCGGCUGAUGCUGGCUCACCCCACCCUGAUCAAGCGGCCUGUCAUCCGCGCCGGCGACCGCCUUGUCGUCGGCUUUUCCGCGGCCGAGCAGACGGCGCUGCGAGAGGCCCUGGCGACCCAUUGA